ACCUCCAACCCAAAUCACCGCAGACACUGAAAAAAAUUUCGCCACCACAGAAAAAUUAGGGUUUCGGCCUCAAAUCAAAACCAAAUCUCACUGCAAUUUACGCGCUCUCUCUCUCUCUCUCUCUUCCACCUUCAACCUCAGAAGAGGGUUUUAGGGGUUUUCGAACCACUGUUGCAGCAAGCACUAGCAGCUGAGGAAGAAAAUGGAGAAGGAAUCUUCAACACUCGGAAAGCGAAGAGAAUCUGAGCUCAACAGCGACACUCCAAAUCCAAUCCCAAAGAAACCUCGCAGCAGAGAACGAACAUGCGUCCACGAGGUCGCAGUUUCGAGCGGUUACCUCGCCACGAAGGAGGAAGCAAUUCACGGCACUCUCUCCAACCCUCAGUACAACGGUCCAAUGGCGAAGUCGUACCCCUUCACCCUCGACCCGUUCCAGCAGGUUUCCAUUUCCUGCCUGGAACGAAACGAGUCGGUUUUGGUCUCCGCGCAUACCUCCGCCGGGAAAACUGCGGUGGCGGAGUACGCCAUUGCAAUGUCGUUUCGGGAUAAGCAGAGGGUUAUCUAUACUUCGCCGUUGAAGGCGCUGAGUAACCAGAAGUACAGGGAGCUCAGCCAGGAGUUCAAGGAUGUAGGGUUGAUGACCGGAGACGUCACGCUCUCGCCGCACGCGACGUGUCUUGUAAUGACCACGGAGAUUCUCAGGGGAAUGCUGUAUCGUGGCUCUGAGGUGUUGAAGGAGGUUGCUUGGGUUAUCUUCGACGAGAUUCACUAUAUGAAGGAUCGAGAGAGGGGUGUUGUUUGGGAAGAGAGUAUUAUCUUUCUGCCGCCUGCUAUCAAAAUGGUUUUCCUCUCUGCUACCAUGUCCAAUGCCACUGAGUUUGCAGAGUGGAUUUGUAACAUUCACAAGCAGCCUUGUCAUGUGGUGUACACUGAUUUUCGCCCCACCCCUUUGCAGCACUAUGUUUUCCCCAUUGGUGGGAAUGGGUUGUAUUUGGUUGUUGAUGAGAAUGAGCAGUUCAGGGAGGACAAUUUCAUGAAGCUGCAGGAUACUUUCUCCAAGCAGAAGGUUGGUGAUAGCGGCAGGGGUGCUAAGUCCAAUGGCAGGUUCAGCAAAGGUGGCUCUGGUUCUGGUGGUUCUGACAUUUUCAAAAUUGUUAAGAUGAUCAUGGAAAGGAAAUUCCAACCUGUUAUCAUCUUUAGCUUCAGUAGAAGAGAGUGUGAGCAGCACGCAAUGUCUAUGUCCAAGCUUGACUUCAAUACCGACGAUGAAAAGGAUACAGUGGAACAUAUUUUUCGUAAUGCAGUGCUCUGUUUGAAUGAAGAAGAUAGGAGCUUGCCUGCUAUUGAGCUGAUGUUGCCACUUCUUCAGCGAGGAAUUGCUGUCCAUCAUUCUGGCCUUCUUCCUGUUAUCAAAGAAUUGGUUGAACUUCUUUUCCAAGAAGGUCUUGUAAAGGCCCUCUUCGCUACUGAGACUUUCGCAAUGGGUUUGAAUAUGCCAGCAAAAACUGUUGUUUUCACUUCUGUUAAGAAAUGGGAUGGUGAUAGUCACCGUUAUAUUGGAUCUGGUGAAUAUAUACAGAUGAGUGGAAGGGCCGGGCGCCGUGGCAAAGAUGAGCGUGGAAUUUGUAUCAUUAUGAUUGAUGAGCAGAUGGAAAUGAAUAACCUCAAGGACAUGGUUCUGGGUAAACCUGCUCCUUUAGUUAGUACAUUCAGGCUUAGCUACUACUCAAUUUUAAAUUUGAUGAGCCGUGCAGAAGGCCAGUUCACUGCCGAACAUGUAAUAAAGAAUUCAUUUCAUCAAUUUCAAUAUGAAAAGGCCUUACCUGAUAUGGGAGAAAGGGUGUCAAAGUUGGAGCAGGAAGUAGCCUUACUCGAUGCUUCAGGGGAGGCCGAGGUAUCUGAAUAUCAUAAGCUAAAACUGGAAAUAGCACAGCUUGAGAAGAAGAUGAUGGCACAAAUUAUAAGGCCUGAAAUGAUUCUUUAUUUUCUUGUCCCUGGUCGAUUGAUCAAAGUAAGAGAAGGUGCAACUGAUUGGGGUUGGGGUGUUGUAGUCAAUGUUGUUAAGAAACCUUCUGGUGGUGGUUAUAUAGUUGAUACUUUACUACAUUGUUCACCUGGCUCAAAUGAAAACAGUUCACGACCAAAACCAUGUCCGCCGCGGCCUGGAGAGAAAGGUGAAAUGCAUGUGGUCCCUGUUCAAUUACCAUUGAUAUCUUGUCUUAGUAAACUGAGGAUAUAUAUUCCUCCUGAUCUUCGACCCUUGGAGGCAAGGCAAAGUACACUCCUUGCUGUACAGGAUAUGGGCAACCGUUUCCCUCAAGGUAUUCCAAAGCUUAACCCUGUGAAGGACAUGGAUGUUAAAGAUCCAGAAAUAGUUGAACUUGUCAAUCAGAUAGAGGAACUUGAGAAAAAGUUGUUUGCUCAUCCUAUGCAUAAGCAUCAAAAUGUGGAUCAAAUUAAAAGCUUUGAGAGGAAAGCAGAAGUGAAUCAUGAAAUCCAGCAACUGAAGACAAAAAUGCGGGAUUCUCAGCUACAAAAAUUUCGCGAAGAACUGAAGAAUCGCUCACGAGUUUUAAAGAAGCUAGGUCAUAUUGAUGCUGACGGUGUAGUUCAGUUGAAGGGACGGGCAGCCUGCUUGAUUGACACAGGCGAUGAACUCCUUGUCACCGAAUUAAUGUUCAACGGUACUUUUAAUGAUUUAGACCAUCAUCAAGUGGCUGCCCUUGCAAGUUGUUUUAUACCAGGAGAUAAGUCGAAUGAGCAGAUACAACUGAGAACCGAGCUUGCGAGACCACUACAACAGCUUCAAGACAGUGCAAGAAGGAUAGCAGAGAUACAACAUGAAUGCAAAUUGGAUAUAAAUGUGAAUGAGUACGUGGAAUCAACAGCAAGGCCAUACUUGAUGGAUGUGAUAUACUCUUGGUCAAAGGGUGCAAAUUUUUCGGAUGUUAUACAAAUGACUGACAUCUUUGAGGGAAGUAUCAUUAGGAGUGCUAGAAGGCUUGACGAGUUUCUGAAUCAGUUGCGUGCUGCUGCUAAUGCAGUAGGAGAGGUUGACUUGGAGAAAAAAUUUGCAGCAGCAAGUGAAAGCCUUCGAAGAGGUAUUAUGUUUGCAAAUUCUCUGUAUCUGUGACUUGUUUCCCUGCAGGCCAUUCCCUAUAUUCAUGGCUUUUCUGGGAGGCAGAAAGCUUUUAUCUUCACAUCCAACUUUCUGGGUGCGCCUAAUUCCUUCUCUGGUAAAUAUUUUCGUUCAAUUAUGAUGCACACUGUAUACAGUCACUGAUAGUAAAAGGAGUGGUCGUAGAGUGAUAGAAAAAUCCAGUCAAUAGAAGGUGUAAUUUAUUAAGAUUGUGACAUCUUGUAUCCAUCUAGUUCAGAGUAGUAGCAUGUUUCUCCUUUAAGUCAUUCUUCAGAACCCCUUGUCUGCAUCAUGGCUUGGGGAGUGGGAUGGCGAAGAAAGUAGUGUAAGCAUAGUCAUCAAUUUGCAGAUGAGUCAUUGUUGCCUGUAAAAACUGCUAUUUCAAAUUUUGAUUGAGAGACCAUCAUUUUAGUGACUAUUUGAAUAAUAGGAUCGAUUGAACUGAGAAGAUUCUCCUACUUAUAUAUAUUUUGUUUUCAUUUGAA